AUGUAUUUCGUGUUAACUGAUAAUAAGACAGUGGCUAUGAAGCCUAGUGACCUUGGUCCUAUGUUUGAUAUUAGAUUGGAUACACAACUACGAGUAGAAUUGGAAGGGAAUUUAUCAAAGAAUCAUGAUGGUACAAUAGUACAUAUAAUAAAUAUAGUAGAUAAAUCAAAACCUAAAAUACAAGAUGGUACUGGUAUGGCAUUAGUUAAUGUUGUAUUUCAAGGUAUAAUAUUUAGACCGUUUAAAAAUGAGGUAAUGGAUUGUUGGGUAAGUGAAGUUAGUAAACUUGGAUUCUUUGCAUACUUCGGCCCAAUGAAAGUAUUUGUAUCAAGGAGUAGUAUGCCUGAUGAUGUUAUCUUCCGUGAAACCGCUACUCCUGUAUGUUAUAGUGAUGCUGAUCAAACAGUCGUUAUACAACAAGACUCUGAGUAUUGCCCCUACAUUACCUAA